UGGUUAUUGAAUUAGCCUACAAAUGGCUGGUCAUUCCACAGCCACAAGUACUCUCCACACAGUUCUCAGUAGAAAGAGUGAUUAUUAACAGAGCGUGUAACCACGCCGUAUCUUUGGAAUUACUAACACAAACCACACAACAGUCUUUCACUCAGUUUUUGCCAGCAAAAUUCAUUCACAAGUCAUCACCGCUGGACAACCAGCGCUGGUGUAUUUACGUCCCCGUAACUUAGCGGUACGGCAUAAGUGACAGAAAAAAAUAAGUCCUGGAGUUGACUUGUUCGACUAAAAAUCCGUUAAGGCGGUGUUCCAGCAUGGCCAGAGUCAAAUGGCUGAAACAGAUAAAAGAAUAAAAGUAGCAGCAACAACACCAAAAGCCUUAUCAACAACAACAACAACAACAUCAACAGCAGCACGUGAAACAAACUACAAAAACAAUUGCAACGUUAGCAUCAACAGCAAUAGCAACAACGAAAUCAAGAACAUCGAUAAACAUCAACAACAACAGCAUUAUCAUGUCAACAUCAUUAGCAGCAGCAUUAGCAACAUUAUUAUCAUUGAUUGUAGAAACAGCAACAUUAUCAUUGGCAACAUAAACAGCAGCAUUAUCAUUAGCAGUGCCUACAGCCGCAUUAUUUUUGGCAAUAAACACAGCAACAUUAUCACUGACACAGCAACAAUAGCAUUAUCAUUGACACCAACAGUAACAGCAUUAUCACUGACAACACCAACAGCAACAUUAUCAUCUACAACACCAACAGCAACAUUAUCAUUGACUCAUCAGAAGCAGCAUUAUCAUUGACAACAUCAACAGCAACAUUAUCAUUGACACAGCAGAAGCAGCAACAUUAUCAUUGACGCCAACUGUAG